AGACGUGUGACAUGUGGCAUGUGGGUUGAAUGUAUCUGAAUGAAUGCAAAUACGCAAAUAGGCCAAAGAGCAGUUUACCGCUUUGCCGACGUUAGUUUUCUGAGUUUAGCUGCCCCCGGAUGUGACGUUAGCUAGCAAACAUUAGCCAUCUAAGUUAGAUUAGUCUUAUCUAACUCACGUUACAUGUUCUAUGAUUUGCAUAUAUAUUUGCAAUAUAAAAUAUGCAUAAAAGUCAUAUUUAAAUAUUUAAAAUCAGAUCCGCCUCCACCAACUAAAACAAGAUAAUGCCACAUAGUAAUAGUCGUAUUGCUUUAGUGAAGAAUUUAAGUACAUUGUCCACUGCUGAAUGGGGGCAGAUGUGCCAAAUAGGUAUUCAACUAUCCUUCAAUGUGUUGCUUCUUUGACUGGCUUUAUUACAGCGUCGUGGGUUGAGUUUAUAAUGUAUAGGAAAUGGCAAAUGUCUGUUUCUAUAUCUCUCAUUCUAAUUGAGUUUACCAGCACUGUGUUGAUUUAAUCAGCAGUUUAACAAAAAUGCAUCGCCGCUUUGGAGGACCGAUAGUGAAGAUGUACAGAUGGAAGUGUCACUACGUUGUUUAUUUUCAUGGAAUCCAUUGAUAUGUCUGCGUUUAGCAGCCUGUUACAUUCAGAGGGAUUUUCAUGAGUGAACCAUUUGUAAGAUGAUGGGGAAAAAACACAGAGAGAACUUAUCUUCCAGAAAUACUGGAGACUAUGUUAGUCUUCUUUUGUGGGAACACAUUGGCCUUUUUCAAUUUCUGAGUCAUUGCUAAACUGUGCAGAAGAAGGAAGUGUUUCUCACACUGAUACCUCAUGUGUUUAAAAUAGUCCACCUUGCACUUCUAAAGUAAAAACAGUUUACAGUCAAAUGCUUGUUAGUUCCAGUUCUGCUUUUUAUCUUGAGAUAAUGGUCUUUAAGGAAACACGUGAUUAAACAAAUGUACUUUUGCCAAUAAAGCUGUGCAUUGCAGUGCCUUACGUUUUUGGCCUGUUAUACUGGUGUAUUUCAGCUUUUACUACCAAUCCUAGCGAAUACUUGACAGCUAGUCCAAUGUUGUUACCAUGGCAGCAGUAAAAAAAAAAGCUGCUUGUUCUGACAGGCCCAGUAAACCACAGGAUUUCUGAUGUGAGCUCAUUUAUUGUUGACAGACAUCUUUUUCUAUGAUUCAGGGAUGGAUGUAGACUGCCAGCCCGAGGAAUCCGUCACCUCUUCCUUUGAGGAGGACUGCGUUGUGCUUGGAAGUGUCAAGGACAUGAGUUUGGAGGCAGAGGCCGUGGUAAAAGACGUGCUUUUUGCCGUGGAUGAAAUGCACGUGUCGCAGAGUCUCAACAGCGCGUCAGAUGUGGCCUACAUCAAUGUGGAAACAAGAGAGGGAAACAGAUAUUGUCUGGAGCUCACAGAGGCCGGAUUAAGGGUGGUGGGCUAUGCCUUCAAUCAAGUGGACGAGGAUUUAAACACACAGUAUCACGAGACCGUUUACUCACUUCUCGACAAGCUGAGUCCGGGCUACAGGGAGGCCUUCGGGAAUGCUUUGCUCCAGCGGCUGGAGAGGCUGAAGCAAAACGGACAGUAAAAAGGACAAAGAUUCCAAAGUGGAACAAAGGUUGUUGAUGAGAGUAUGUGGAUAAAGGCAAAGUCUGGUCAAAUAUGUGACAUCCACCUCCCUAGCUACCGCUACAAUAAGGGGUAGCCUUCGCUAUCGACUGCUUGGUUUCAGACUUCCAUAGCGAAGAACGUCAUGUGGAUUGCCAGUAUGGGGUCUGUUGCAACAUUGACUUUACUGUGGAAAGAUUUUCCCACCUUGCGGUUUUGUAGCUAUGCACAUCUUGAGUGUUGCACCUACUCCAACUCUAAAUGAGCCGGGACAGGCCCCCCUCGCUGCCUGCACUGAAACCAAAAUCUCUCAAGCAUACAAACUAGUUCUGCAGGAAUCUGAGCGAAAGCUACAGUUAGCCCCCAACACACUGCCUUAAAAGUAACCGGAGCUUGCAUUCCAAGCUGUUGCUGUGAAAAGAGAUCCCGGAAGGUUCACUGUAUACUCGCAAUGGGUUCCUGCACUAGUCCUUCGGUGUUAAGAAAUCCAUUAGUCACAUGGUCAUUUUCUGCUGUUGACCAAUAAAUUCUCAGAACUGUUGGACCUCGUGUUUUACCAUCCAGAGUUAUCCGACAGGAGGGAAAGCCAGACGUGGCCGCAGUAACAAACUGGUUUUAACAAAACGAGUCCCUUCACUGAAUCCUCCAGCAUUGAUUUUGAAAUAAAUAUGUUCACACUAUGCCACAUUCAUGUGUUUUUAUUCUAAAUUUACAAUCUCCAAUUAAACAGGUCUAUUAGUACAGUCAGUAAGAAAAAAAAAUAAAGUUUUUUUGAAAAUACAGAAUGCAAUUUUUCUAACUACAGAGCAGACCGUAAGACAAUUGCGCUGCAGUGGUGGAAGUGAUUCAGGGUCAUUGACAAAUACAAACUAGUCACAUCCAUCUCGCUUAAAACAAACUUAUGAAGGUUACUGCAGAGUUUAGCAUUUUAUUUCAGCAGUCAAAAUGUGCAAGUUCCAACAAACCAGUGAAAGACAUUUGAUGAAGGAAUAAAAUAAAAUCUGAACUGGAAACACAUAUUUCUUUACUCAUAGCUGAAUCCCUUUUAAAAAAAAAAAAAAAAAAAAAAGUAUCAAAAGUACUUUGGCCAACUCAGUUUACAAUCUGAACUGGGAACCGGAUGCAGAACAGGUCUUUCUUGUUGUCAUCUCUCAGUUCCCACUCCACGACCAGCUUUAUCUGCACAUGCAGAAGAGAAAUUUAAUACAGGUUUUGCCUUUUACACAAUAAAAUGAAAUACACAAAAUUACAUUUUUACUUAGCAAUCUGUCUACAUUAAAAAGAACCUGAUGGGGAAAUAAAUUUUUUUU